ACCGUUGGCGGAUAAAUUCUCGAUUCAAAACGUUUCGCUUUAGCUGAACCGGAGACGCGACUAUUAACAAACCGGGUUGCUUUCCUAAUGCAAGAUGGAUGUAGCGGAAGAAAAAACCUCAGACCAGCUAAUGCAAGAUUUGAUCCACCAAAACACAUCAAGGUAUCCACCUAGGAAACUAAGACCCAUUGAACACACCGUAAAGGGCUGUCUACAAGAGAUUUCAUAUCCCCCGACGCCGCCACUUGUGAAGCACUUCCGCAGCACCUUACGGGCAGGACCAAGACCCGUCAAACGGCCUUUAUGGAGGGUGGUAGACCCAGAGCUUAUCAACUCCAUGGUUCAUGGCAUCAGAACCAACGCAACCGACUCUCUGGGCAACGACUUGCUGUUUCCUCCCGACAAGUCAAUCUUCCAGCACAAGAUAAAUGAACUUAAAGAGUCUGUUUAUGCUUCGAGUAAAGUUCUGCUGGGCCGAACACCGGCCCCGUUUUCUGAGUUUCCUGACUGGGUCAACGAAGGAACUACAUUUGGAGAUAAAGUAGUUAGAGAAUAUGAGAUGGGUGAAGUCUUGUUCCCUCCAAAAACAGCAGAGGAGUUGGAGUUACAAGCCAUGAACAUUGGAGGGUUUGAUUUUAGUGACGUCCAUAAAGGCAAGACGUUUGGGGAUCCCACACCCCACUGCAACAAUGGCAGUUAUACUGCCAAAACUAUGCACUGGUUAGGAGAAUCACACAAGUUUCACAAUCCACAUCCUCCUUGGAAGAGAUCUGGAAACAAGGAAAAGUUGGCAUUGGAAACUGGCAACCCCAGCUGCAUUCGUGGUAGGAGGAAAAUUCCUCUUCCCGUUCCACCUGACCACACAUUUGGAUAUACCCCUCCAGUGGAUCCAUGGGGAGCUGGAGAUCUUCUCCACAACGCUGAGCCGGGGACGUUUGUUCGAGGUCCAGAUUGGCAGCGAACCGCGAUUGGUGUAGCAAGACAAUUCCUCAAGAGGGUCAACUAUAACAACUUUCCCAGUCUGCUGAAGGCUUUCCAAUAUUAUGACAAGAAAGGAAGGGGCCUGAUCGAUAAAGAAGAUCUGUGGGUAGUUUGUCGUGAGUUCAACCUGACCCUGAAUGGCAAACUUCUGGAUGGCGUGAUGGAGUUUUGCGAUGUAGACAAAGAUGGAUUCCUCAACUUCAUAGAAUUUGCUAAUUUUCUAACAUUUAAGGACAUGAUGCCCCUCCGUGAGACUCAUUACGGAUUACCUCCAAUCAGUAUGAACGAGAAGAUAUCAUCGGAUUUAUCGAAAUUUGUUCCCUCACUGUCCUUGUACGGGCCUGACGACUUGGUGCCAUUGGAGCCAGGCAGCUCAAAGAAUGUUAUCAGGACCAUCAGGAGACCCAGACCAGAUUUAGACUUUGUAUCCUCCACCAGUGAUGAGCUGCCCACACUUAGUGGUCGCACCUACGGGAUCCCAUCCAUACGCUAUGACCUUCUACCUCCACUCAUGAGACGAAUCAACGACAGAACGGACUACGGGGAUUUAGCCACACUUCCAGAGCUCCUGCAGCCAUCAAUGCAUGAUCUCUAUGGAGUUGACGCAAAGCAUUUCUUCAGUCCUCGAACCAAACAGGAGAUUGAGGAGAUUUUCAGAAAUAUCGGUGUGAGCAUUUCUGACGAGAUGUUUGAGGAGGCGUGGAAGCUGGCGUCCAUGAAGAAACCCAACGGAGAAGUUUCUGUCGAGCUUUUCCGUCAGACACUAAAGGAACUAAAUGCUAUUUAAAAAAAUUAUUCAUAAUUAGGCCCAAGCAGCAAAGUGCUGCAAAGGACUGUUUAUUUUUAUGAUUCUGUCACUCUAAAGUGGUGGGUUUCUGGAGGCUUUAUUAUAUUCAAAAACUCACCAAACUUGGAAUAUGCGUCGUCUGCAAAAAAUGUACGUAUUUUAAGAUCGCUGCAAAAAUUGCAUAAGAAACGGCUCUACAGCGCCACCUAGCAACUUUCAAAACACCCUUCAGAAUGACCUUGCUUCAUCAUAGAGACAUGAAUUUUGGUACACUUGUAGAGCCUGCUCGCCACGAAACACAAAACUUAUAUCUCCAACACAAAAAACUCACACAGGCACCAUUCUUUCAGCGUUUGACCAUCAUCGGGUGCCUACAAUGCCACACCCCCUGAGAACAGGAAGUGUCAUGUCUGUAACGUCGUUGCCAUACUUUUGGCUCUAAAUUCCACAGUUCCAAGCCGAACUGCACCACACUCACUAGGAUUGAUCCUUAUCCACACCCCAACAGGAAUCCAUAACAUUCGUUAGUGGGCGUGGCCUAAUUUCUCAACAGCACUCCCUAGAAGUUUUUACGUGACAGCCUCAAGCAAUGCUUUAAUCCAGAAUUUUGAAACAUGGUACACAUGUAUUUCUUGUCAGGACCUACAAAAAGGUCUCUUAGAGCCAUGGUCCAAACCCAACAGGAAGUCGGCCAUUUUGGGUCAAAGCUGCUAAUUCUUCUUUUUUAUAGAUGUAUCUGAUCAAAUUUGUCGGACAGUUUUUGAGAAACAGACUUCAAAAUCACUCAGGAGAGUCUUGAGACAUUGAAAGUUGAAAGUUAUCACAGGAUUGUACAUCAAAGCAUGUGGGCGUGGGUAAGUGUCAAACUUUGACUAUUCGCCAUGAAAUAUCAAGGUGCAAUAACUUCCACACAUAAGGUCACAGCUGCAUCACACUUUCUAUGUCUCAUUAUAAGCCAUCCCUGAUCACAUUCACAUGAUCAACUGAUGACAUGAGCCCUGCCCCAUUUCCAACAGGAAGUCGCCUUUUUUUUCUACUGGAUGCCUUACUUUUACUCGUUGAUUCAUUUAGCUUUAAAUCUGUCACAUACAAUGACAUGAUGAUGAAUUCUGUCAAUGCUGAUUGCUGGCUGAACCAUGGCCAAAUACCUCACCGUUUGCGUACGAUCAUCUCUGAAUCAUACAGCAUUAUGAUUGACUUUUGUGAAUCUCUACAGAGCCCAAUAACAUCACAUUGUGAUUUGACUCCAUUGCGCCCCCUUGGUUAAUCCAUCAGCUAUAUCUCCUCACCGCAUCGGCCGAUCUGCACCAGAUUUUUUGUGCGUCGUCAGGGAGCGCUGCUGAUCGCAUCAAUGCGUAUCACCUGGUGAACGGAUGUAGGAGCUGUGCGAGAGCAGCUGCGGUGGAUGGAGGGCGGCGGCGUCAGAGCUCCCACGGUCGGCAGGAGGCUGGAGCAGCGCUGAGCUGCGAGGGCCGCUCAACGCCGCUU